AUGACGGACUGCUCUGACUUCACCGAGUUACAGGUUUUGGAGAGCUGUGGCAGGCCCAGUCGGGUGGUGCACACUGUGUCAGGCCCGCACAAAGUGCUUGAAAUUAAUGAGUGUACAGAUGACCCCAACAUCUGUGGUCCCAACACUAAUUGCACCAACACUCCUGGGAGUCACAUCUGUACCUGUCACCAUGGGUAUCGUGUCAUCAUCUCAGGCUCCAUGCCCAGCACCUCAAACCCCUGUGAAGGUUCAGAGGAAUUUCUUGCUUCUCUAAACCCUCCAGAGACGGUGACAAAUGUCCUGGGCACGACCAUGUCCGUCACAGAAAACAUAUCCCCUGACAAGACAAAGGAAGACCAAGUGAAGACAGCCAACAUGGUCCUGAAAAUCUCAGAGGGGCUGGUGUCUGCCCUGGUUGAGCCCAAAUCUCAGGAAAAUAAUACAGAGUCUCGGAAAACUGUGAAGACACCAACCAUGGGAUCCGCUUCUGCAGUUCUGAUGUCAGUCAGCGGGGUGGACAAGUUCAUGAGUCCCAAUUUCUUCGAGAGUGAAAAUGUCACAGAGAUAUAUUCUGACAUCAUCACCGCCACACUGCCUAAGACGAAACACAGGGAGCUCCCUGAGCCUGUCAACUUUACUAUGUUCCACAAGAAGAAGUUCCAGGCUGGCCUGGUUACCUGUGUGUACUGGGAGGAACGAGGGGAGGAGACUCGCUGGUCAGUGGAUGGGUGCACAGCCUCCUUCUCCAAUGAGAACUACACAGUAUGCAGCUGUACCCACCUCUCCACCUUCGCUGUCCUGCUGCAGACGGAAGAACAGGAAGAGGACAGUUCUCUGCUGGAGGUGGUGAACCUGUUCUGUAUGAGUGUGGGUCUGGCCUUCCUCACCCUCGCCAUCCUCACAUUCCUGCUGUGCACAUGGAACCCUAAAAUCAACAACACCGCCCGCCUCCACCUCUGUAUCUGCCUCUUCUUGGGUCACCUGCUCUUCCUCGUGGGCGUGUCUCGCACUGAGAAUGCGGUGGUGUGUGCAGUCAUUGCAGGCAUGCUGCACUUCCUCUUCCUGUCCAGCUUUGUGUGGAUGCUGCUGGAGACUCUGCAGCUCUUCAUGCUGGUCAGGAGCCUGUCCAAAGUGCAGGUCAUCCAGAAGGAGGGGCUGAGGGUACUGUACCUCCUGCUGAUUGGCUACGGAGCUCCCCUGGUGGUGGUGGGAGUGUCUGCAGCGGUGUAUUCAGACGGCUAUGGCAGCAAGGGCGCAAAAGUUUGCUGGCUAAAAAAUGAAAAACACUUCCGUUGGAGUUUUAUUGGUCCAGUGGCUGCUGUUCUCGCACUCAACUUGGUCUCAUUUUGUGUGAUCAUCUGGAGUCUGCUGCCCACUCUAGCCAACAUGAAGAGUGACGUCUCCCAGUCAAAGGACACCAGGCUGAUUAUCUUCAAAAUUGUUGCCCAGUUUAUCAUUUUGGGGUGCACCUGGAUCCUGGGAUUCUUCCAGAGCAGCACUAUGUUAAAAUACCUCUUCAUCAUCCUCAACUCACAGCAGGGCACCUUCAUCUUCAUCGUUCACUGUCUGCUCAACAAAGAGGUGCGUGAGGAGUACAAGAGGUGGUUCUCAUGUCUGUUUAGAACAAAGGAGCCAUCAGGAAGUAGAGAUUCCCCAAGUAACGUAUCUACUGUUCAAAAAUAAAGGGAAAGCUGGGUCACACCUCAGGAAGUGGACAGGGCAUAGGAGUGCCAGACAAGUGCCUGAGAAAUGAAGACAUUUUAUUAAACUGCAAAUAGUGCACAUUAAACAUUAAAAAAGCCUGUUGGAC